AUGCAGGCUCCUCCAGUCCUGAGACCCUCUAUUUACAAUAGGAAUCACCGGAAGCCUUGUCGGUUUGACAUAAUUUGGAUUGUCCACGAAAAUGCAGCUCCCCUGCCUCAUGCCCAUCAAAUCGUUAAACUUGUUAGAUCGGUAGGCAGAGAGAGGCCAGACUGAUGGGAAUGGCAGCGAAGGAGCACUUUGUGCUUGUUCAUGGUGAAGGGCAUGGAGCCUGGUGCUGGUUCAAGCUCCGCUGGCUCCUUGAGGGUGCUGGCUACCAUGUUACAUGCAUUGACCUAGCCGGAGGCGGCGUCGAUCCUACUGACCCCAACACAAUCCGGUCGUUCCAGCAGUACGACAAGCCACUCAUAGACCUCAUUUCAACCUUGCCGGAGGGGGAGAAGGUGAUUCUAAUCGGACAUGGUGCUGGAGGGCUGAGUGUGAUUCAUGCAAUGCACGAAUUUGUUGACAGAAUCAGCCAAGCAUUUUUUGUGGCAGCUACAAUGCUACCAUUUGGAUUUCAAGCUGAUGAAGAUAAGAAAGAUGGGUUACCAACUUUGCCUGAGAACGAGAUUGAGUUGACACUUGGUGCGGGAGCAGAUGAUCCUCCAACAACCAUUUCCUUGAGGCCAGAAUUCCAGCGUGAUCGACUAUCACAACAAAGCCCUGAAGAGGAAUCAGUACUUGCUUCAAUGCUGAUGCGUCCGUGGCCUGCAACAGCUAUCAGUACAGCAAGCUUCGAAGGAGAUGAUGAAAGAUUGAACCGAAUCAAACGAAUUUUCAUAAAGAUGCAGCGUGACCACAUGCUGGAUCCUCAACAGCAAGAUUCCAUGAUCAAGAAGUGGCCACCCAGCGAGGUUUUGGCCAUAGAUACAGAUCACAGUCCCUUCUUCUCUGCACCAGAACAGCUGUUUAAUUUAAUAGUCAAAUCUCUAUGAUGCAUAAAUGCAGAAAGCUACAGACUGGGGUUGCCCGGAUUCUUGUAACACUACCCACAAACAAUAAUCACCACAAGAUUUACGACCUCAGAUUUGUCAAA